AUGUAUCGGAUCCAUCCUCUGAAGGAGGACAACUGGAUGCCGUGGAAGAGGCGCAUGACUGCAUUCCUGGAUGAGAAGAAGCUUCUCAGCUACAUCACCGUCGAAGACGGUGACAACAGCGGGCCGAGCUCUGCACAAGAAGUUGACGCAACGGCAGGAGAAGUAGAGCAGCCCGCAGAUGAGAUGGAUGAGGACGAGAAAAAACUGGAGCUCAGUCGUGAUGCUGCAGAGAGUAAGCCGAUCAAAGAUGCCGUCAAUAUGGCAUUCAAACAUUUGAUGGGUGUUCCGAAGAUUGACCCCAAGUCUCUGCCGUUCUACCCUUAUCAGAUAUCACGCGAGCAUGAGCUGUGGCCUAAGGACCCGGGUACUCACCAGCCACUUAUCCGUUUCAUGUGGAAGCACUCCGCAUCUCAGAAAGCCAACGCCAUGGGUCUUCGAAAGGUGUUAGAGACAGUUCGUGCGCUCGGUGCCCAAUGGGUGCUGACAUGCAAGAAGUUCCUAGAGGACAUCCUCGAUACAGACCUCGAGACCCGAAUCAGAUCAAAGUAUGACUACAUGGCAUAUGAGUGGCGCAAGAUCAACAAGAUUGCAGAGAGCAGUGAUGACUUACAAGCCGCUGAAGAUGAUGGCUUUGGUGAGCAGGUCGUCGAAGGUGGUGGAGAGGAUGAGGGGCAGGUGUUGCCUGUAGCUACCAAGGAUACAAGACAGAGUAGGCCCCGCGGAGCACAGAAUUCCCGAGUCUCGUCGAAACUCAAAGCUCGCCAGCGCAAACGCGCACACUCCACAUACACGGAUGCUAAGUUUGACUCAGCAUUCAUAACCAACGCCAUGUCAGAUGAUGAAGACGAUCCAGAUGCAAUCCCGGGGGAAGGAAUGAAGAAAUGGAUAAGUCACGCGCCCGACUAUCGUAGUGAUAUCGUGAGAGUUCUCACCAUUUCUAUGCAUCUACGAGGACUAAUACCAAUCACAGACAAGGCCAAGGCAGCGACCACACGUAUACGAGGGGCAGAGAAAAAGGAUAGUGUUCCACUAAAGGCCAAGAACUUGAAGAGUCGGAUUCGUGCAUGGCAGGUAAAGCAAGAGCUGUUAGAUGUGAACGAGCACUGGUUUACAUCUGGGAGAGUCACUAAGAGUGGUAUGGCGUGGGGAGACCCGGAAGAUCCAGAGCCGGAAAGUGAGAAGAAACGCAAGCACGAUGGAGAAGGAUCAAAGAGGGGGAAGGGCAAGAAACGCGCUAUAGAUCGGAGUGCAGUGGAGAAGUCCAGGGCGGAGCUUGAUGAGUUAUUGAAUGGUGAGGACAUGAACACAGUUCUCACCUUAGAGACCUGA